UCACAAAACGCGAGCAUCCAUUCAACAUAUCUUUUACCGGGGAGAGAGACAGAGAGGCAUAAAAAAAAAAAAGAAAAGAAAAGAGAGGGAAAGAAGACCUCUUCAACUCUUUCUCUCUUCCCCCUCUUUUCUCUCUCCCCUUCGACCGUGGUCGACCGUGACGCACUUCGGACCCGAGAAAGCGAAAACUAGGGUUUUGUAUUCGUGUACUUCGGUUCUCCCGCUCGUUUUACUACCCGAACUGUCCUCCUGCUUGACAGUGAUUCGUCCCGGCAACUGUUUCUAGGGUUUCUGUACUCGAUCCGCCAUGGCGGCGGAGAAGCUUAGGGAUUUGAGCAAACCGAUCGACGUGUCCCUCCUCGACGCCACCGUCGCUGCCUUUUAUGGCACGGGAUCUAAGGAAGAGAGGGCAGCAGCAGACCAUAUACUGAGGGAGCUGCAGAACAACCAAGAUAUGUGGCUUCAAGUUGUUCACAUCUUGCAGAAUUCUCAAAAUUUGAACACUAAGUUCUUUGCUCUUCAGGUAUUAGAAGGUGUUAUCAAGUAUCGAUGGAAUGCCUUGCCAACUGAACAGCGAGAUGGGAUAAAAAACUACAUAUCUGAUCUCAUUGUCCAGCUUUCAAGCAAUGAGGCUUCUUAUCGUAGGGAGAAACUAUAUGUUAACAAAUUAAACAUUAUACUUGUUCAGGUUCUUAAACAUGAGUGGCCAACUAGAUGGCAGUCCUUUAUUCCUGAUCUGGUCACAGCUGCCAAAAGUAGUGAAACAAUUUGUGAGAAUUGCAUGGUUAUAUUGAAGCUUCUUAGUGAAGAGGUUUUUGAUUUUUCGAGAGGGGAGAUGACUCAGCAAAAAAUUAAGGAUCUCAAGCAGUCAUUGAACAGUGAGUUUCAACUUAUUCAUGAAUUAUGCCUAUAUGUGCUGUCGGCAUCUCAAAGGCCAGAGCUUAUACGAGCUACCUUAUCAACACUCCAUGCUUUUCUAUCUUGGAUACCUCUGGGUUAUAUUUUUGAAUCUCCAUUGCUGGAGACAUUGUUGAAAUUCUUUCCGGCUUCUUCAUAUAGAAAUCUUACACUACAGUGUUUAACAGAGGUUGCUGCGCUUCAGUUUGGUGAGUUUUAUGACAUUCAGUAUGUCAAGAUGUAUACAAUUUUCAUGGUGCAGUUACAGUCUAUUCUCCCACCUGGAACAAAUAUUCCAGAAGCUUAUGCUAAUGGUUCUAGUGAAGAUCAGGCAUUUAUCCUAAACCUUGCUUUGUUGUUCACUUCAUUUUUUAAGUCCCAUAUUCAAAUUUUAGAAGCAGCCGAUGAGAAUAGGACUGCCCUGUUAUUGGGUCUCGAAUAUCUCAUUGGUGUAUCAUAUGUUGAUGAGACAGAAGUUUUCAAGGUUUGCUUGGACUACUGGAAUUUACUAGUCCUGAAGUUGUUUGAGGCUCACAACACGUUGGAUAAUCCUUCUCUUGCUGCAAGUAUCUUUGGGCUCCAGGUUCCUGGCAUGGUUGAUGGUCUCGGUUCACAAGUCCUAUUGCGCCGUCAACUUUAUGCUGCUCCACUUUCAAAACUAAGAAUGCUUAUGAUUAGUCGAAUGGCAAAACCUGAAGAAGUUCUGAUCGUUGAAGAUGAAAAUGGAAAUAUUGUUCGAGAAACAAUGAAAGACAAUGAUGUGCUUGUGCAAUAUAAGAUCAUGAGAGAAACAUUGAUCUACUUGACACACCUUGACCAUGAGGAUACUGAACAACAGAUGUUGAAGAAAUUAAGUAAGCAACUAACUGGCGAAGACUGGGCAUGGAACAACUUGAAUACUUUAUGCUGGGCAAUUGGAUCCAUAUCUGGAUCUAUGAUGGAAGAACAGGAAAAUAGAUUUCUCGUGAUGGUCAUCAGGGACUUACUGAGUUUGUGCGAAAUUACCAAGGGAAAAGAUAACAAAGCAGUUAUUGCUAGCAAUAUCAUGUAUGUUGUUGGGCAAUAUCCAAGAUUUUUAAGGGCACAUUGGAAGUUUCUGAAAACAGUUGUGAACAAAUUGUUUGAAUUCAUGCAUGAGACUCAUCCGGGAGUUCAGGAUAUGGCAUGUGAUACUUUUCUUAAAAUUGUUCAGAAAUGUAAGCGGAAAUUUAUAAUUACCCAGGUAGGCGAGAAUGAGCCAUUUCUAUCGGAACUUCUUUCAAGCCUUGCAUCCACCAUUGCAGAUCUUGAGCCUCAUCAGAUUCAUACAUUUUAUGAAGCUGUUGGGCAUAUGAUUCAAGCAGAGUCCGAUCCUGCUAGAAGAGAUGAAUACCUGAAGCGGUUAAUGGAUCUUCCUAAUCAGAGAUGGGCUGAAAUUAUUGGUCAGGCUAGUAGGAGUGUUGAUAUAUUAAAAGAUCAAGAUGUAAUAAGGACAGUUCUUAAUAUACUUCAGACAAACACAAGUGUUGCUAGUUCGCUGGGACCAUUUUUCUUGCCACAAAUAACAUUGAUAUUCUUGGACAUGCUAACAGUAUAUAGAAUGUACAGUGAGCUAAUAUCUAACUCUAUAGCAGAAGGGGGGCCAUUUGCUUCGAGAACAUCUUUUGUGAAACUUCUUCGAUCAGUUAAACGGGAAACACUUAAGUUGAUUGAAACAUUUGUUGACAAAGCUGAAGAUCAACCUCAAAUUGGAAAGCAGUUUGUACCUCCAAUGAUGGAUCCUGUUCUUGGUGAUUAUGCAAGAAAUGUACCUGAUGCGAGGGAAUCCGAAGUCUUGUCACUAUUUGCUACAAUUAUAAACAAGUAUAAAAGCUUAAUGAUAGAAGACGUGCCUCGCAUAUUUGAAGCAGUAUUCCAGUGUACUUUAGAGAUGAUCACAAGGAAUUUUGAAGAUUACCCAGAGCAUCGAUUGAAGUUCUUUUCUUUGUUGCGUGCAAUUGCUACACACUGUUUCCAAGCUUUAAUUCAGUUAUCAACUCAGCAAGUAAAGGUGGUUAUGGAUUCGAUCAUCUGGGCCUUUCGGCACACCGAAAGGAAUAUUGCUGAAACUGGCCUCAACCUUCUAAUUGAGUUAUUGAAGAACUACCAGGUUUCAGAGUUCCGUAAUCAAUUUUAUAGGACUUACUUCUUGAUAAUUGAACAAGAAAUAUUUGCUGUCUUAACGGACACAUUCCAUAAGCCAGGUUUCAAGCUCCAUGUAGUGGUUCUCCAACUUUUGUUCGGCCUGGUUGACUCUGGCUCAUUGACCGAGCCUUUGUGGGAUGCCUCAUCAGUUCCUUAUCCAUUCCCCAAUAACACAGCAUUUGUGCGGGAUUACACCAUCAAACUGUUAGGAACUUCAUUCCCAAACAUGACUCCUGCAGAGGUGACUCAAUUUAUUGAUGGGCUUUUCGAGUCAAAACAUGAUAUCCAUGCUUUUAAGAACCAUAUUCGAGAUUUUCUUAUUCAAUCAAAAGAAUUCUCUGCUCAGGAUAACAAGGAUCUAUAUGCGGAAGAGGCUGCUGCACAGAGAGAAAGGGAACGCCAACGAAUGCUUUCGAUCCCAGGGCUGGUUGCACCCAGCGAGUUACAUGAUGAAAUGGUCGAUUCAUAGCUUGAAGAACGCGACACUACUAAUCGAUUGAGAUAUCUUUAGCCUUGUUUUUUACUUGAGGUGAUCAUAGAAGCCACUCCUCCGACUUCCAUUUCCUUUUACGGUAAUUUUUCUUACGCGAUCAAACAGCAGAUGAGUGGCAGCAGAUGCUUCUGAGGCUUCAUAUGAUGCUUUGGGAUCUCAGAGGGUGUGCAGUUAGAAGAUAUGUUACUAUGCCAUUGUGUAUUUACUAUUUAGGUUUUGAUUAUAGUGAUUGUUUUUUUAUUUCGGUUCUGCUUCUUCAAUUCCUGACAGCACAAUGAUGCCAUUCGUCAGCCUCAUGUAUUCUAAUGGAUUGUGAGAAAUGUUUCAUUCUGUGCUGGGAGACAUCUCCAUUUUUGUAACUUUUUUUUUUAUUAUUGCAAGUACCAUUAUUUUUUUUUUUGGCUGCA